AUGUCGACGGCAUUUGCGCCCACCAGCCACGGCGCUCCGCACGCAGACCCAGACGCCGACCAGACGCCCCACCAGCGUUCGUCCCCGAAGCCCCCACCUUCGUCUUCGUCUUCGUCGCGCCUCGACGAGGCUCCCUUUGCCCACCAGCUCCAGUCCUCGGCGCCGCACAGCAACCCCCGCCCCGGCCGCGCGCUGCGACAGCACAACCCAAACGAGCACGGCAACGGCAGCAGCGGACUGCCCAUGGCGGUGCCGGGCGGGCGCAUCAACGGACACGGCAACGGACAUGGCAACGGACAUGGCAACGGACACGGCAACGGACACGGCAACGGCGCCCAUCUGCGCGAGAUGGGCUUCGCAGGCCCGCGCAGCCCGCCGAGCAACAAGAGCACCUCGCACGUGCCGUGCAAGUUCUACCGGCAGGGCGCGUGCCAGGCGGGCAAGGCCUGUCCGUUCCUGCACUCGGACGAGCCCGUGACCGAGCGCGCGCCGUGCAAGUACUUCACCAAGGGCAACUGCAAGUUUGGCCACAAGUGCGCCCUCGCCCACAUUCUGCCCAACGGCCAUGUCGUCAACGCCAACAUGGGCCGCGCCCACUUUGGCCGCGUCAACAUCCACAGCCAGGACCCGCCCAUGAACAGCUCGCUGCUGACCAUGCAGGCGCACAUGGCCCCCGUCCAGCCAAACUACCAGUACCCCGUCCACGACGACCCGUACGCUGCGCCCACCGCCCCGUACGGCAUGAUUCCGACCAUUGACGCCACCUUUUCCUCGCAGCACUCGCAGCACUCGCAGCACUCGCACCCGGGCUCCAACUACGGCUCGCCGCCCAACGAAAAGGGCCUCGGCGUCAUGGACGUCCCGCUGCCCGCCUCGUUUGACAGCCAGGGCAUCUCGCACAUGGCCCGCUACGGGCCCAUCGCCUCGUCGGUGCCCGCCAAGUUCCUCGCCGCCUCGCCGCCGUCCUCGUACCACCCCGACUCGCCCGCCCUGCGCAACCUGCACGACUCGGCCUUUGGCGACGCCUCGCGAGGGCGCGCCCUGGCCCUGGGCUCCUCGCCGCCAGACUCGCUCGGGCCGCCCGCGGGGCCGCGCAUGCUGCACUCGGAGCUCGCGGCAAACCGCUCGCGCAACCUCAUGUCGUCGAGCGUCGGCGCGCGCCCGGCGUUCAAGGACGACGAGUGGGACGACGCCGACAUGAUUGGCAAGUUCGAGGAGGAUCUGCUGCCGCACUCGCUCAGCGACCUGCUCACCCCGCAGGAGAAGAUGCGCCGCUUCUCGCGCGACCACGCCGACGGCGAGGCCAACUCGUUUUCGCAGCACGCCUCCGUCUCCCGCUUCGGCGCCUCUCCCACAGCCUCGGACACGCGCUACGGGUCGCCGUCGGUCGCGGCUGGAUCGCCGUCGCGCUUCCAGUCGCUGUGGGGCAGGUCGAAGCCCCUCAACGACUUCGAGUCCGGCUCCCUCCCCGGCGCCUCGGCGUUUGGCCACGUCGGCUCGCCGCUGCGCAACUCCAGCCUGCACCCCGGCGCCUCGCCCUCGCUGCGCGCCACGAACCGCCCGCCCUCGAGCGACGCGAGCCCCUUUGUCUCCUCCCCGCCCCGCCAGCCCUCGAUGAGCAUCAUCAGCCAGCAGUUCCAGCGCACGCGCCUCUCGUCCCGCGACGACGCCCCCAGCCACGCCACCACGCCCACCUCGAACCCGCAGCACCCCGGCAUCAACCGCCUCACGUCGGGCUCGAGCAUGGGCAGCCCCGGCGGGCGCCUCGGCACCCUCGACCGCACCGCCAGCAGCAGCAGCAUCAGCCGCGAGCGCAUCGACGAGGAGCAGGGCCUGUUCAGCAUGGAGGACGAGGACGACGUCAAGAAGAGCUUCGACGGCGCGAGCACCACCAGCAGCGGCAGCCACAAGCGCCUCAGCGGCUUGAGCUGGGGGAGCGGCGGCAAGGGUAGUCCGAAUCUCGCGCCCCUGGGCCCGGGCAAGGGGGGGCUUAGUGGGUUGGGUCGCUCGGGCGGGGCGUGGGGGAAUGUGUAG